AAGAUUAAAUUUUCAAAAAGAAACAGCAGCACCAUUUAUUUGAAUUCAACCCUUAAACAAACUUAAAUGCUCAUUGAUCACCAUAACCAGACUAGUAAAGAAAUUCUCGUUACAGAGACACUCUCAAAGAAUGGCCGAAGUUAAGCUGCUAGGAGCAUAUUUUAGUCCUUAUAGUUUCAGAGCAGUAUGCGCUCUGAAAUUGAAGGGCAUACCUUACGAAUUUGUAGAAGAAGAUCUCAUGAACAAAAGUUCUUCUCUUUUACAAUAUAAUCCAGUGUACAAGAAGAUUCCAGUGCUUGUUCAUGACGGCAAGCCAAUUUGCGAGUCCAUUGUAAUCCUGGAAUACCUCGACGAAAUAUGGCCGGAAUGUCCCUUGCUGCCUACCGAACCUUAUGAGAGAGCUGUUGCCAGGUUUUGGAUCAAGUAUGUUGAAGAUAAGUCUCCAGCAAUGUGGGUAGUAUUCCGAACCAGUGGCCAAGAGCAAGAGAAGGCGGUAAAGGAAACUGUAGAAAUGCUGAAAACCAUUGAAGAAAAUGCUAUGGGGGAAAAGAAGUAUUUCGGAGGAGACAAGAUUAACAUGGUGGAUAUUGCAUAUAGCGGAAUUGCUUACUGGCUUGGAGGCAUUGAAGAAGUCGUAGGCAUCAAGAUGCUUGAACCUCAAAAAUUCCCUCGUCUGCAUGCUUGGACUAGAAAUUUCAAUGAAACACCCGUUAUCAAGGAUAAUCUUCCAGAUCGAGACUCAAUGUUCGCAUUAUUUAAACGCAGCAGAGAGAUGAUAUUAGCAUCUGCUUGAAUCUUUUUAGUCCUUUUUGAUUAUUUCUCAGUAUGGUCUGUUUUCUUUAGAUAAUUACAAAUAAUUCCUUCUUAAUAUAAGGAUAUUAAUACAGCUUUUUCUUUUUUCAAAGCUAAUCUUCCAGAUGGAGGCUCAAUGCUGGUAUUCUUUAAACGCACCAGAGAGAUGAUAUUAGCAUCUGCUUGACAUAUUAUAUAAGUAUUAAGUCUAUAGGGAGAAGAGAAAUGUGUCCUCCUGAGUUUUUCUCAGUAUGUAUGGUCUGUUUUUUUCAGAUAAUAAUUUUAUGAAUAUGCUUAUUAUAAUUAACUUCCU